GUCAGUUACAAAAAUGUAAACAUGGAGUUAAAUCGUGUUUUUAGCGAUUUAAGAGUGUAUUAUGUGCAGCAUUUACAGUGGGUGGAUGUGGAGGAGUGGCUGUAUGGCGAGGAAGCCGAGGAGGAUGUCUUGCAGCAGCGGGCGCAGAAGUUCUGGUCCCUGUCGAUGUGCCAACAGGAUAUUGGCCACCAGGAGACGCAGUUGCAGUUGCUGCGCGAUUUGUCCAGUGUAAUACGCUCCAUGAGGGAGGAUACAAGUUACAGCAACACCCACGACAACUGGGCCAAUAUCAUCGGGGUCUCGCCUGCCAGCGCAUAUCUCUCCUACAUCUACUCGCUUACAAGCCUGGUCAUUCCGCCGGAGCAUGUGCAGCAGGCUGCUCCGCAAGUGCUGAAUGAAAACCUCAAUCUCCAGUUGUCCCUGAAUGCUGCGAGCACCUACCUACUCACCCUGACCAUUCCGGGUGCCAAGAGCUAUGGCAUCUUCGAUGAGGAUGUGAUCGAGCAGGUCCUCAAGAUCUUCAGGCUGCUGGAGCUGAAUGGCAACCGGAGUGUGCGGGCAAACACCAUUUGGAUGUUCUUUCUGACCAUCUGCGAUGACCUGAAGAUCGUGUUUCGCUAUGUGCACUUCAAGGAGCACCUGAAACCGCGGGACAGGAUCAUUCGCUGCCUCAUGGAGGUGCUCUACAUGAACUUUAAAGUGGGAUAUCAGAAUUCAUGUGCUCCCGCCCUGCAUGCGAAAUGUUUCGAGCUUUUCGGAGAAAUAGCCAACGAGCACAAUGGAGAUGUCUACGAAACCCUUCACUUGAUAAUGCGACAGACCUUUCCCAUGCAUGUUUAUACGGACAGUCCCCACAGCAUUGGUGCAGGACGUCGAGGAGGGGCGAUGCAGAGCGGGGAGCACAUAUCGGAUUGGUUUAUCCAACUCAUAGAUAAAUAUCCCGACAUUCUAAUCCGCAUCCUGCACUUUUACAUUGAGUGCGUUGUUACCAAUCCCAUCAAAGCGUGGAAGAGCAACGACGAAAAGGUGGCCAUAGGCUAUGCAGCCAAGUACGACAGGAUUCUUUUCGCCAAGUGCAACAAAUCGUGCGCAUCCUUUGUUCUGGAGGCUGUGAAAGCAGACGACGCCGUGGGGAUUCAAACGCGUGCCUUGGAUCUGAUCGAGAAGAUCCUCAUGCAGCAAAGCGAGGUGGAGUGGACCGUUUUCCGGUACGAAGUGUCCAAGGUGCCCAGGGAAGUUCCCCUGCUGAGGGAGGUGAUGCGUUGCCUCAACGAUCGCACAUUCACUGUUCGCCGAAAGGCUUGUCAAGUGCUCAUCCUGGCCCUGAAACAAGGAUCCCCCAUGACCACGAAAAUUCUAAACGAAAGCAUUCGCUUCGUUCAGUUUGAGGAUGCGGAUGUGGAGGCGCUGGCUGAGCCCUCGGUGGAGCAAAACGAGCUGCGUUUCGAGAAGCCAGGAGUGGUACAGUAUGCCUUCAGCUUUGAGGGACAUGAGCAACUGGAGGAGGAGGUCAAGAGUGUCCCACAAACGGUGUAUCAGCGAUUUCUGGCUGCGGAUAAUGGUUUAGCCAGAACAGCCGGGAUAGCUUUGCUUGAAAGAUUGGUGCUGGUCAAUCCGCUGAUUAUCUACAACACGAAUUUUGUGCGAGAAACCUCCUUGUUGGCCGUGGAUCGUCUGGCCUCGGUGAGGAGAUCUGCACUGGAUACCAUAGAAACCCUGCUAGAGGCCUACUCCAAUUGCUUUGCCCUGAUUUGUGUGUACUGCCGGAUUUGGGCAUGUUUAAUGAGCGAUGAGGAUGUGGCCCUGCAAAAGCUGGCCAUUAUGAGUUUCGAUCGAAUGGUUUUGAAAAAUAUUCAGCCCUUGGAGUACUCGAAUGAGGCCAAACAUUUUAUGCCCUGGCGAAUCAUCGGUACUCUGCUAAUGACACAACCCAGAGCUUAUCUUCAAGAGCGAUUCGCUGUUUUGCUGGAAAGGGAACCAGUCGUAACUCCCAGGCUGGUGAACAUCAUAAUCUCGCAUUUAUCCACUUCCAUGGCCACCGAUGCCUGGGGUUUGCUCCUCUUCCUGUCCAGCCGCAUCACCAACAAUAUGGACGCACUGAUUGGCAUCUUUAAUGGUCUCUCCUCCUACAACAUGAAGUCCAAUCAGUUUCUGGCCCUCCAGCUCAUCAUUUGUUGUUUGAAGAACUUUUCAAAACCAGCUUUAAACCAAUUAUUCCAGAGGCUUCUGAAUGCCCUGCGCACGGGCAGCAUUUGGUUGGGCAUCAUCUCGAGUGCAGUCAAUCUGCUCAAUCAGAUCCAUCACCUUUCAGCUAGCCAGGCUCCUGCCAUGGCAACUGAGACGCCCGACUGGCAGCUCAGUUUGCUGGAAGAUCUCACCGAGGGAAUUCUGGCCAGUGCACAGAAUUUCCAGGAUGAACACACCCGGCUGCAGUGCCUGUUGGGUGCCUAUACGGAGAUAAUUGUGAUGCUGCCGCAGGAGGUGGACCAGAGGAUUGUGGGCAUUGUAUUUAAAUACCUGCAGGAGUGCACCAAGCUCAGUGAAUCGCAAUUUGAUUCGGAUAACGAACGCAUGACCAACUGGAUGAUUGUGAUAGCAGGUCGCUUGUGCCUCAGGGAAAAUCACUUGGCCAACAGUGUGUCCAAGCUGUACAGAACUAUUCUGAGCAAAAACGACCGACCGCAGAUUAUCAACACCACUCUGAUAGCCCUAAACGAUCUGGGCAAGAAGCAUCCUUCGAUUCUUGAGAGUAAUUUCCAGGUGAUUUUGUCGAAACUCCAUUCGAAAUUCGCCAUGACCAGAGUGCGCACCUUUCGGUGUGUGAAGGAUGUGAUUCUGUCGGGCAAUAUAAAGCUAAAGGGACCCAUUCUCAUAUCUAUGCUGGCUGGUCUGGUGGACGAAAGUGCCGAGGUGGCCAGGGAGGCGGAUGCCUUCUUCAUUCGCUACAAGAGAUUGUACAACAAACUGCUGUUUGAUCAUUGUCUAAAGGAGUGCCCAUUCGACCUGAAUGGUCAGGCUUAUCUGAGAGGUGUAAGGACGGAUUCCAAUUAUAAAUCGCCACUAAAGGGUCCGGAAAUGGCCAAAAAUCGUAGGUUGCUUUACAAUCAUAUAAUGUCGUCGGUGGAUGAGAACACACUGUUGCUUUAUUUUGGACAACUGAAGCUGCUGGCAGAAAAAACCAGAGAUAAAGCUUUUGUCAGUAAUCCUGGCGCCUUAACCGUGGUUCAGGAUAUCCUCUUCAUUAUGCGACGCAUUUGUUUUCGCACUAAAGGAAUGGGAAAAGAGAAAAGUUCUCGAGGCGAAGGUGACAAUAUGGAUGAUGGUGAGGAAGAGGCAGUGGAGGCACCACCUCCUCCACCCAAAGCAGCAGCAGGAGAAGCACCAGCCAGAGGAAGGGGCCGAAAGGCGGAGUCCUCCGAGGAGCCACUCAAGCAAUUGGAAGGUUGUCUUCGCUAUGUGGCGGAAACACAUCGCAACCUUAAGUCUGUGAUGAGUCCCGCACUCAGGCACACUUUUGAAAACUUUUGCCGAGCUCUGGCGAUGAGAUUCCCCAACUACAUUGAGUUUGCUCAGCCCGCAGAAUUCUGGCAGAAGUAUCGCUCAUCAAAAACAUCCAAGGGUUCGAAAAAGAAGAGGCGAGAUGCAGAAGAUGAGUCCGAAGAGGAUCAGCAAUCGGAGAGCGACAGUGAUAAUGAGAUGCCGCUGGAGAGGCACAAGUCCACGCCAGCUGAAUCCCGUUUGUCCCAAAGGAAACAGAGCUGCGAUAUGCUAGUUACGGAACUUAUUUUCCAGCCACCAGAUUGGUAGUUCUCGAAAAGGUUUUGG